UUUUUCUUCAUCGCGACUUAUAUUCUCUCUUUUGUUCUCUCCCCUGCCGUCGUUGUUAUGCUCGCUUGGCACUUGUGGGGGGUCGCCUGCGGUGAAACCGCUGUCGAGCCACAAGACCAUGGGGUGUUUGCGAAACGGGCUAAAGAGAGGAGCGAUGUG